AUGCAAUAGCAGUUUGAAGGUUAUCUGCUUCUCCACAAUAUAGCUAAGCCUAAAAAUAUAGGCACUAUCAUCAGAAAUGCUGCAGCCUUCAAUUUAACAAAAGUCUUUAUGAUUGGAAAACAAGGCUAAACGAAAAAGAAAUUUUAAAUUGCUGAAGGAUUUUCCUUUUUUGGUAAUCAUGGGACUUAUGACUAAAUGAAUUUUCACCUUUUUAAUAAUUUAAAAGAAGCAAAGGAGUAUUUUGUACUAAACAAUAUUUUUGUUUGUGGUGUUGAAAUUGGUGAAGGUUCUUAAAAUAUUAUCACAAAUCCUUUUAAGGGUAACACAGUCUUUUUUCUCGGAAAUGAAGGUACGGGAUUGAUUCCAGAACAUAAAGCUUUAUGUGAUCAUUUUGUUUAUAUUCCUUAAUACACUCAAAAGACUGCAAGUUUAAAUGUCGGUGUAGCAUCAGGAAUAAUAUUUCAUCAUUUUGCAUAAUGGGCAGGGUUCACAGAAUAACAAGUAGAAGGAGAGAAAUUCUUGGAUCCAGAAAAAUAAAAAGAGGAAAAAGAAAGAAAGAAAUAAGAGAUGAUUGAAUUGGGUAGAGAAAAAAAGAAAUAAAAAAUAGAAUAAUAAUAAUAAUAAUAAUAAUAAGUUGAAUAAUAGAAUAAUAUUCCAUAAGAUAAGAUUGAGAAUGAGAGUAAAAAUAUUGAAUGA